GUCAUGAUUCGGCGCCCGUCGCUUUUGUGUACGUCAUCUGAGAGCGCCCACCCUGACGAAACCAGAGAGUAGCCGAAUCGGUGGCGGCGGCUUAGCUGAGACGGUAGUAGCGGCGGCAGCGACGGCAACAGCGAUGGCCGGGGCAGGACCAGCCCCGGGACUCCCGGGUGCCGGAGGGCCCGUAGUCCCGGGUCCUGGCGCCGGCAUCCCGGGCAAGAGCGGCGAGGAACGCUUGAAGGAAAUGGAGGCGGAGAUGGCCCUGUUUGAGCAGGAAGUUCUGGGGGCUCCAGUAACUGGAAUCCCAACCGCUGUGCCUGCCGUGCCUACGGUCCCCACGGUAGAAGCAAUGCAGGUCCCAGCGGCUCCUGUCAUGCGCCCAAUUAUCGCGACCAACACAUACCAGCAGGUCCAACAGACUCUGGAGGCCCGGGCAGCUGCUGCAGCCACUGUAGUUCCUCCAAUGGUGGGUGGCCCUCCUUUUGUGGGCCCAGUUGGCUUUGGCCCUGGCGAUCGGAGUCACCUGGACAGUCCAGAAGCUCGAGAAGCCAUGUUCCUGCGGCGAGCAGCUGUGGCCCCCCAGAGGGCCCCUAUCCUGCGUCCGGCCUUCGUCCCCCAUGUGCUGCAGAGAGCAGAUUCUGCUCUUUCUUCUGCAGCAGCUGGUCCCCGCCCUAUGGCACUGCGGCCCCCUCAUCAGGCCCUUGUUGGGCCCCCUCUGCCUGGACCCCCGGGACCACCUAUGAUGCUGCCACCAAUGGCUCGGGCCCCAGGGCCCCCCCUGGGCUCCAUGGCUGCUCUGAGGCCUCCCCUGGAAGAGCCAGCAGCACCCCGAGAACUGGGCCUAGGCCUAGGGUUGGGUCUGAAAGAGAAGGAAGAGGGAGUGGUGGCAGCGACAGCAGCUGGACUGGAGGACGCUAGUGCAGCAGUUGCUGUGGGGGCAGGAGGUGCCCCAACUGGCCCUGCAGUCAUUGGGCCCAGCCUACCACUGGCCCUGGCCAUGCCAUUGCCUGAGCCUGAGCCCCUGCCCCUCCCGUUGGAGGUAGUACGUGGCCUACUGCCCCCGCUGCGCAUUCCCGAGCUCCUGUCCCUGCGUCCACGGCCCCGGCCACCUCGGCCUGAGCCACCCCCUGGGCUCAUGGCUCUUGAGGUCCCAGAGCCCCUGGGUGAAGACAAGAAGAAGGGGAAACCAGAGAAAUUGAAACGCUGCAUUCGCACGGCAGCUGGGAGCAGCUGGGAGGACCCCAGCCUGCUGGAGUGGGAUGCAGAUGACUUCCGGAUCUUCUGCGGGGAUCUGGGCAAUGAGGUGAAUGACGAUAUCUUGGCACGCGCCUUCAGCCGCUUCCCAUCCUUCCUGAAGGCCAAGGUGAUCCGCGACAAGCGUACAGGCAAGACCAAGGGCUACGGCUUUGUCAGCUUCAAGGACCCCAGCGACUACGUGCGGGCCAUGCGUGAAAUGAACGGGAAGUAUGUGGGAUCACGCCCCAUCAAGCUUCGCAAGAGCAUGUGGAAGGACCGGAACCUGGAUGUGGUCCGCAAGAAGCAGAAGGAAAAGAAGAAGCUGGGCCUGAGAUAGGGUCUGCGGCUGGGGACCCGCUCUCACCCGGCCAGGCACUAGCUCCCUGCCACAGUUCUCUUGGGAAAACCCCCAACUAUCCACGCACCCAUGGCCCCAAAACCAGUUUCAAUAAAUUUACAUUCAUUUCCAUUC